AAAUUAACUUUUUAAAGACAGUUAAAGUUAAAUAAAAUAUCAAAAUCACUCGAGAAAAAUGAAGUCAAAGAGCGUUGACUCUUUUACAUUAGUGAAAAUUUAUAAUAAAAUGUUUCAUGUCGGUUUUCCAUGAGACACGCCCCCAAAAUGUGAAAAAAAGUGCAAAAGAGAUUAAAAAACUGAAAAAAUUAAGUGAAUGAUACAAACAAAAAAACAACUCAUUAAAGAACUCGGUUAAUAAUUAAUGAAUUUUUAAAAAAAAAACAAUUCAUUUAUUUAUUUUGGUAUUGCCAUGGAUAAAAAUUUGCGAGGCAGUCCCGGUGAUUGUCGCAUUACAAGAUCUUCCUCAGGCAAUAUGACGCCAACUUUGAGAUAUGAACGUCAUCACUCCAAAUCGAAAUCAAAAUCGCCAACACCGCCGCCAACUGGCUCCAAACAGCAGCAACAUCAUCAAUUUCGUGCCCCACAACAACAACAUGGACCGAAAAAUAAAUAUAAUAACAAGACAUGGAGCAAACGUCAACAUAAUAACAAAACCGGAGGCAAACAUAAUACAACAAGUGGUGGAGGAGGAGGAGGAGGAGGGGGAGGAGGAAUCAGUGCUGGUUCACAAACGAAUGCCAAUGGCAACAACCAGAACAGCAGCGGCGGCGGCAGCGGCAGUUCGAUUAAUGCAACGGGAUCAACUGGAGGUUCCACCUUGGUCGUCCUGCCAACAGCCAUGGCGGCAAUGUCGGCUGCAGCAGCUGCCCAUAAGGCCGAUUUGGAAAAUAUUCAGAAUAUUAAAACACAAAUUGUCGGACAUACUCAUAGUCACGGCAUUGGUGUGGGGGGUGGCACACAUCACGGUGGCAGUGGUGGCAGCUCCCAUCAUGGAAGCGGGAGUGGGUCAACAGUGGGCGGUGGCGGAGUCCCUACUGCUGGAGGCAACAUGGGUGGUGGCGGUGGCGGCGGCGGCGGUGGAGGUGGCAGUCAUCAUCAUCAUCAUCACAAUACAAGAUUGGCACAGAAUACAACAGCCAGCGGAGGAGGAGGAGUUGGCAAUGGUUUGCCCAUUGGCCCAUUGGACAAACACGGACUGAAGGCACAGCAGCAACUGUACAAAAAAAUGCUGGCACAUAGGGGACAUCAUAAUCAUGUGUUGUGUGCUGGGAACAAUGCUAAUCACACGUGCUGCCUGGUGACGGGAUGUAAUGGCAACAGCGGUGCCAUCGGAGGCGUUGGCAAGGAUACACAGAGCAAUAAGGAUACCAGCUCAUUGAGCGGCAAUAGCAGCAUAUCGGGCAGUGUGGCAGCGGCAGCAGCUGCUGCUAAUGCGGUGCAUUAUUGUUGUGGUCGUUCGAAAUUCUUUUUACCCGAGAAAAGAUUGCGCAAAGAGGUUAUUGUGCCACCUACAAAGUUUCUGCUGGGUGGCAAUAUAUCGGAUCCGUUAAAUCUCAAUUCGUUGCAACAUGAGAAUACAUCGAAUGCAUCGUCGAGCAAUAAUACGCCGGCCACAACGCCACGGCAAUCGCCGAUAACGACACCACCGAAAGUGGAGGUCAUUAUACCGCCCAAUAUACACGAUCCGUUGCAUUUGUUGGAUCCCGUCGAUUCGAUGGAGUACGAGAAACAGUUGACGUCGCCCAUGAAGCGGGGCGGUGUGAUGACCCGGGGCAGUCACCUGAAGUUGCAGCAACCAAGCAACCAGCCACAUCAUCGGCAGCAUCGACCGCGCAAGAAUCGCAAACGACGACGUUACGAUUCCAAUAAUACGUCCCAUGCGGGCGAUGAUAUGGGCGAGGGAAGUGGUGAAACGCUUUCAAUUUCACUUGAUGAGGCCAUUGCUACGGCGGGCGGAACGGGCGGAGGACCAGGAACUGCAUCAUCAUCGGCAGCUUCGCCUGUGGCUCCAGUGGCAGCGGCAGCCGGAACAGCACCGGCGGCAACAAAUGCUGCUGCUCUCUUGCUGAGUGAGGCGGCAUCGGCAGCUGAAACAUUGGAAAUGGUACAACAACAGGCGCAUGUCCGUUCUCCCCAAGCAGCGGCAACAGCCGAAAUGCCGCCAACGCAACUACAAACCGAAGCUUUGGCUGGCACUCAGUCGUCUUUAACAUCGUCGUCAUUGGAACAGAUGGAAUGCAACAUAACGAGCAUCACAUUGCCGGCCGCUGAGGAAGUCACUUCGUUAAUGUUGUCACCGCAGCAGCAGCAGCAGCAGCAACAGCAACAGCAACAUCAACAACAGCAGCAGCAGCAACAUGUGGCCAUCGCUGCCGACGCAUCUGCCACAGUUGAGGCCAUCGUUGACGAUGAACAACUGACGGAGCAGCAGCAGCAUCAACUUGAACAACAGCAGCAGGAACAGCAGCAGCAGCAGCAAUCUCCCUCAACUACUGAGCGCCUGCUCUCUGGCGAAGUCAGCUCGGCAUCAACUUCAGCAGCCACCUUGGCGGUGGCUUCAACGCUGGCCGAAAGGCGGGCUUUGGCAAGUCGGGACUUGCGUCUGGAUUUGGGCAGCACGUGCUAUGGCGUUGGCGGCACGGGUCUUAGCUUUGGUACAAGCAGCGCUGCCAGCGUAGGUAGCGCUGGUGGAUCAAGCGGCGGCGGAGGCAGAAAACGCAAAAUUAGCGAGAGCAACAAUUCGCUCAAAAGCAAGAAAUUCCAUCGUCAUGAUGCCAUGGAUAAAAUUGUUAGUCCAGUGGUACCACAACCAGGUGCUUGGAAACGACCACCACGUCAAUUGCAGCCAACGGGAGCACGGAAACCCAAUACGAGACGUUCAACAUCCUUCAGUGAAACCGAAUUGCCCAGCCCCAUUGAUGAAUUGCCACCCAAGGCAUUGCCCCUGAUAGAUGUUGAAAUUCCUCGUGAUGAUACCCCAGAAUUGUCGGAACACGGUCUGGGCAGUCCAUUGAGCACAAUAUCGGCGGCUACAUCACAAACAGCUGGUGAACAGGACUCCUUGGUGGCCGCUGAUGCCAUUAGCACGACCAACAGUGAGGCGGCUCAGGAUACGCAGGAACAGGCCAUAGUUGGCAUUAUGCUCGAACCGUCGUCAACCCUGAUCCAGCCUCAGAAUAAGUUGCCUAAAUUUCGAGCGGAUGGUCUUAAAUAUCGUUAUGGCAACUUUGAUCGUUAUGUGGAUUUCCGGCAGCUCAAUGAGUUUAGAGAUGUACGGCUUCAGGUCUUUCAACGUCAUCCCGAACUGUUCCAGAACAAGGAUAUCCUAGAUAUUGGCUGCAAUGUGGGACACAUGACCAUCACGGUAGCAAGGCAUUUGGCACCCAAAACUAUACUGGGCAUAGAUAUUGAUCGUGAGUUGGUGGCACGAGCUCGUCGUAAUCUUUCCAUAUUUGUGCGCAUACCCAAGGAGGAGAAGCGAUUGCUUCAGGACAUUAAGACGGAACUGCAGAUGCCACAACAGCCGAUGGCCAUUGAGAAAACUGAGCCCAUUGAGGAAAGCUCAACUUCAGGACAGACGCACAAGAAAACGAGGCGAGCGAGGAAACGACGCAAAGCACAGCAGCAGCAGCACCAACAGCAGCAAUUACUCCAACAAAAUCAUCAUCAGCAUCAUCAUCAUCAUCAUCAUCAUGAUCAUCAACAGGAGAAAUUGGACGCCCUCCUUGUCAAGCCACAUGAAUUCUUUCCCAUCUCAUUUCCACUUACCUACGGUGGUAUGCCAAAUUUGCCAACUUCCGAGAAAUCUCCGUGCAAUGCUUCUUCGAGUAGUACAAAAAAUCAAUUCCCGCAAAAUGUCUUCUUCCGCUACACGAACUAUGUGCUCAAGGAUGAAUCCUUGAUGGCGAAUGAUACCCAACAAUAUGAUCUCAUUCUAUGCUUGUCGGUCACCAAAUGGAUACAUUUGAAUUUUGGUGAUGCUGGCCUUAAAUUGGCCUUUAAACGCAUGUUCAAUCAAUUGCGUCCUGGUGGCAAACUCAUCUUGGAGGCUCAGAAUUGGGCAAGCUACAAGAAAAAGAAGAAUUUAACUCCGGAAAUCUACAAUAACUACAAGCAAAUUGAAUUCUUUCCCAAUAAAUUUCAUGAAUACUUACUCAGCUCCGAGGUGGGUUUCAGUCAUAGUUAUACAAUGGGCGUGCCACGCCAUAUGAACAAAGGAUUCUGUAGGCCCAUACAGCUCUAUGCCAAAGGUGAUUAUACACCAAAUCAUGUACGUUGGAGUGAUGCCUAUUAUCCGCAGACUCCAUACGAGGCAUAUCGUGGCAUCUAUGCAACAUUGCCAGUACACGGUCGCAUGGGCGGUGGAGGCGGCAGCAGCGGGGGUGCUAGUAGCAGUCACCAUGGUGGGCAUGGCCACCAUCAGUUGAUGCAUUUGAGCAGUUCGACACGUUCACAAAACUACGAUACGCCACAUUAUGCGGGCAGUGCUUCGGGUUCGGCUAGCUGCAGGCAAACGCCAAUGUAUCAGCCCACCUACAAUCCCCUCGAGACGGACUCGUAUCAGCCCAGCUAUGACAUGGAAUAUCUAAAUCAUAUGUAUGUGUUUGCGUCGCCUCUAUAUCAGACCGUGUGGUCGCCACCGGCAUCGCUAAGGAAGAGUUCGUCGCACACUCCUGUUUUUGGUAGUGUACGCGACGCGGAACUCGAUGGAGAUGGCAGCAUUGGGGGCGGCGGAAGUGGGGGCGGUAGCUAUCAUCGUCAUGUCUAUCCACCCAAUGAUGAUACCUGCUCGCCGAAUGCAAAUGCGUGUAAUGCUUUCAACUCGAUACGAGAUGCGGAUACAGAUGAUUCGAAUCAAUUGCCAAGUAGUAGCCGGCGACAUGUUUAUGCAACCAACUGCGGUGAGAGCUCCUCAUCGCCGCAGGUGAAUCACCAUGAGGCCACUGGGGAAUAUGUCGAUGCUUUGAUGGAUGACGAGCAAAAGACAUUGGCUGCUGGCAGCAGCAGCGGCGGCGGCGGCGUCGCUGGAGGAGCUGGUGUUGACUGUGAUCUUUCGGAUGCCUAAACAAAAUCCGUGGAGACAAAGUGUCAAAAAAAAAAAAACAAGAAAAAACAAACAGAAAAAAGAAAAUGCAAAUUUAAAAAACAAAAAAAAGAUGUAAACGUAAACGAAACGCUUAUGAUUUUUCUAUAUGAUAAUUACAUACAUAAAUACAUAUUAUAUAUAUAUAUAGAUAUAUAUAUUUUUAUAUAUAGUAAUACAAGAAAGGAAGUUGCAUAUACACACAUAUAAUUAUAUAUCUAGAUAUAUCUCUAUAUAUAUGUAGUUCUUAGCCAAGAAUGUUUUUUGCUAAAAAAAAAUGCUUUAUAUUACAUUUUUCGUUUUUACUUGUUGGCAGUUAAAUUUAUAAACUUAAGUUAAACGUGUAACUAUUUAAGCAAUACACACACACCACACACUCACACACACA